AUGGCUCCUCUACGCCGCCACCGAAGAAACCACUCCUGGCCGCACUGUAAAUGCGGUUCCAACUCCAAACUAUGCACGUGCGAGGCGCAAAGUCUUGACCUACGCACAUUGAUGUCUAAACACGCAUCCUCAUCCCUACGGGCACCAUCCUUGACAUUUGAACAAACGACUAUAAGGGCACCUCUCUUUCUAGAGGAUAUGACCGACGACGUUGAGAUGGCUGGUAUUGACCGAACCCCGCCACUGAGUCCACGAAUGCAUCGUGUAUGGUCACAAGAGGAACCAGAACCAGAGGAUGAGAUAAUCAUAUCCACGAUCAUCCCCAACCCUCGAAAGAACGCUCGGCGGAACAUUUUUUGUCGACUAAUUCGUCGACCACUGUUCAAAAGGACUCGAUCAGCUGUUACUUCGCCAACUAGAAAGACCGGUCGGCGCAGGAUUUAUCGCUGGAUAUUACCGCGGUUAUCGGCAAAACAGACCGUGGUCGUUACUGAUUUGACUUGGGCGGCUCUGCCAACUUUACAUAAGGCUGAUAGUACCCCGAACCUGGUUCCUGAAUUAGAGAGGCCACAUCGGAGGACGCACUCUGAGCGACCAAGAUCAUGGGCCGAGCCUGGUGCUGGUCUGUGGACGCUUGAAGAGGAGGAGUGA